UUCGGCUGGGGUCUCCUGAGCGUAGCCGCGAUCCGCGCGUCCUCGGGAGAAAUGUUUACGUCGCUGCUGAACGUACAGCAGGCGAUCGGCGUGGAGCGGAGGCUCAUCGGUCACUUGGGGACUUAUAUUGAGCGCGAGCUGGAGAGGCUGGAGGACAUCCGACGCUUCCAUGCCAAAGUGUCUGCCCUGCACGCUGAACUUUACGAAGGCCCGGGGACUGCGAUGGCAAACCCGCUGGUGGCGUUCACCCUGAUCAAGCGGCUGCAUUCAGAGUGGCUGAAUGUCGUCUACAGCAACGAAGCCUUGGAGAACGCACAAGCCCUCAGGUCCAGUUACGAGGAGGAAGAGGCCGAUCUGCCCAAACUGGAAGACCUCCAAGGGGCCGCUAAAGGGCUGAUGAGGCUUCAGGAUGUGUAUUCUCUCCAAGUUGCGAGCCUCGUAAGGGGUCGUUUCCAGAGAGUCAGUAAUGGAAAGCCUAUUGAUAUCUACAUACCGGCCGUCUCUGUCCCACUGUCUGGUGAUGACUGCUUUCUGGUUGGAAAGGUGGCCUACGAGCAGGAAGACUACUACCACUCAGUGCAGUGGUUGGAGGAGUCGGUGCGUCUCUUCAGAGGAUCAGGACGCGAGUGGAGCCCUGAGAAUGAAGGGACUUUGGAGGAUGCUCUGGAUCACCUGGCCUUCUCUCACUUUAAAACAGGAAACAUCUCCUACGCUCUGAGCCUAUCUCAGGAAUUACUGCAUUACGAUCCAAUGAAUGGAAGAAUUCUGCAGAAUGUCGAGAAAUAUGAGAAGCUGCUGUUUGCUGCUAGUCCACCCAGGGGCAAUGGGUUGAGGAGACCCACAUCCAAUCAUUUAAGGACCAGGGACACUUAUGAGAGACUCUGCCAGACCCAAGGCUCUCAGCCAAGGCACUUUGAAAACCCCAGACUAUUCUGUGACUACUUCACCAAUGACAAUCCCGGGCUGCUAUUGCUGCCAGUAAGACGUGAAGUUCUGAGCCUGCAACCGUAUGUUGUCCUGUACCACAACUUCAUCACUGACACGGAGGCUGAAGACAUCAAGAGGCUCGCCCAUCCAGGAUUGAGAAGGUCUGUGGUGGCAGCUGGAGACAAACAAGAAACAGCAGACUAUCGCAUCAGCAAGAGUGCAUGGCUGAAGGGCUCAGCACACUCCAUUAUUGGGAAGCUGGACCAGAGGAUCUCCAUGCUCACAGGUCUGAAUGUGAAGCAUCCAUACGGCGAGUACCUCCAAGUGGUGAAUUAUGGGAUUGGUGGCCAUUAUGAGCCUCACUUUGACCAUGCUACAUCACCUUCAAGUCCCGUGUUCAAGCUGAAAACUGGGAAUCGAGUGGCAACCUUUAUGAUAUAUCUCAGCUCUGUCGAGGCAGGUGGGUCCACAGCCUUCAUCUACGCCAACUUCAGCGCUCCUGUCGUGGAGAAAGCUGCCAUCUUCUGGUGGAAUCUUCACAGAAAUGGCCGAGGAGACGUGGACACCCUGCAUGCUGGCUGCCCUGUGCUUAUUGGGGACAAAUGGGUGGCAAACAAAUGGAUCCAUGAGUAUGGCCAAGAGUUCCAACAUCCCUGCAGCCUGAAUCCUGAAGAGUGAGAGGGCUUGAACAUCAGCUGGGCCCCUUGGAGUACAAGAGCCAGCCUCUACAAUUGAGAGGCACACUUGCAGGCGAAGAUAAAGGAGGCAGCCAAAAAGUGAACACACAGGCAGGGGAGGGGAGAGCCGUGAAAGGGCAGCCUGCAUCUGUGAUUUGAGCUCCGGGCCCCAGGGAGCCUGGAGCGUACAGCAGACUCUGCUGCAGUGGACUUGGAUAGCACAACGCCAAGAGGCGGGGUAGAGAGGAAUGGGGCAGUUGGCAAUCGGACCCUAGAGGGCAAAUGCUCUCUUGCUCCUACUGGCCAGUUCAUGCAGAUGGAGAGAGACCUCUGACUUUGCACACUGUGCUGGUUUCAGUUAACUGUGCAAGGCUUUUUACCUCUUGCUUUCUUAAAAACUUACAUCUUAUGCAGCUCUUUUCCCACAAUGGACCCACUCAAGGGUCUGUCGUUACAAAUCAACAAAGCUGAACCUUGUGCAGACUCUCAGAACUUUAUUUUAAAAUGUGUAAAUGCCAAAUGUAUAAAGAUAAUCCGUAUGCAAGGAUGAAUGUGUAUAAACUGAUGCAUUAGACAUUUAAAAAUAUCCAUUAGGUGUGAUGGUGUUGACAAGAAUAAAUGUCUCUUCUAGGUUUGAAAAUUUGUAACUGUACGAGUAAUAAUACUUCACUGAAAUGAACAAGCAGAUACAGAACACUUGUUCUACAGAGUAGUAAAAAAGUACUUUAUGACUUA